AUGCCAGAUCAAUCAAAACAUAACAAUCUUUUACCAGUAAAAUUACCAAAUGUUUCUGUAAUUUCUGAUACGAGAAAAUCUAUUUUUUGUGUUUAUAUGUUUAUGUUAACUUUCAUUGUUUUCACAUUUUUAAUCCUUUUUAACUCAUCUUCUUUACCUUUUAAAAACAUUAAUUUUAGAAACCUUUCUUUUCUUUCCUCUAAUGGGUCCCACUUCUCUUCCUUUUUUACCCAUUUCUUUUCCAAUGAUUCUUCAUCAAAUUUUCAAUUACCCAUCUCUUCUUAUGAAUUUGGAUAUGGAAAUUCCACUCAUCAAGGGAUAAAUGAGGAGUCUUUUGCUAAUUUGGGUAAUGAUACAAUCAAGGAUUUACCUUCUCAAUCAAUAAAUACUAAUUAUGGAAAGAAUGAAAGUUUAGAAAAAGAAUGGAAAGAAUGGUACAAAUCAAUGAUUCAUUGUAAUAUAUUUGAUGGGAAAUGGGUUAAAGAUGAUUUUUAUCCACUUUAUGAACAUGGGUCUUGUCCUCAUAUUGAUGAACCUUUUAAUUGUUAUCUUAAUGGUAGGCCUGAUUAUGGUUAUGAGAAGUAUAGAUGGCAGCCUCAUGAGUGCAACAUUCCUAGAUUGAAUGGCACCCAUAUGUUGGAAUUGUUGCGAGGGAAGCGUCUUGUAUUUGUUGGUGAUUCUUUGAAUAGAAACAUGUGGGAAUCUCUGGUGUGUGUUCUCAGAAAUUCAGUGAAGAAUAAGACCAGUGUUUUUGAAGCCUCUGGAAGAGAAGAAUUUCGCACUGAGGGCUCUUAUGCCUUCUUAUUUGAGGAUUACAACUGUUCUGUGGAGUUCUUUAGGUCCCCAUUCUUGGUUCGAGAAUGGGAAAUGCCCGACAACAAUGGCUCAAAGAAGGAGACGCUGAGACUUGAUUUGGUUGAAAGAUCAUCUGAUAGAUACAAGGAUGCAGAUGUCUUGGUUUUCAAUACAGGACAUUGGUGGAGUCAUGAGAAAACUUCAAAAGGGGAGGGUUACUAUCAAGAAGGUAGCCAUGUCUAUAGACAACUAGAAGGCAAUGAGGCUUUUCGGAGAGCAGUGACAACUUGGGGGAGAUGGGUGGAUGCUAAUGUAGACCCCUUCAAAACACAAGUUUUUUUUAGGGGUUAUUCUAAUUCUCAUUUUGGAGGUGGAACAUGGAACUCUGGAGGGACAUGUGAUGAAAUCGAGCCAAUCAAGAACGCCACAAAUUUACCUGAACAACCCCCGAUGAUCAAAAUACUCGAGAAUGUUAUCAAGUGGACUAAAGUACCGGUUUUCUAUCUUAACAUUACUAGAAUGACUGACUACCGAAUAGAUGCCCACCCUGCAGCUUAUAGGACACAACAGGAAAGGCGCUCACCAUCAAGAUACCAAGACUGUGCACAUUGGUGUCUUCCUGGCGUUCCUGAUACAUGGAACGAGCUUCUUUAUUCUCGGAUGUUAAUUCGACAUUAUCAAAGGCAACAGUGAGGACAACAGCAACAAGAACAGCGCUAUAAAAUAACAUGGUUUUGAAGAAUCCCACACGAUCAAGGAUGAUAAAAUGAUGGAUGUUUAAAAUGCCGCUAACGUUGAAACUUAGGAUAAUAUUACAAAGAAGAAAGCAACAAACAAGGAGAAUGAUAAGCGACAAACGAAAGCAUUAACGAGUUUUUGAUAUAGGCCUCCUUUGUAUAUGAUAUUAAUUCAACUUCUAAACAUAUUUUAUGUCAUAAACUAGAAAGGAAAUUGUUGUCUUAAUUCUUUACUAUGUUUCCUAUUAUUUUUAUGAUUUUUAGAAGAUUGAAACUGUUUUUAGGACUUUACUUUAAAGUAUGGCAAAUUCCCAAUGCAUUUAUGUU